ACACCAACAGUUGACUUUUGCGGCGCAGACGAAGACGACGCUGCAUGCCAGACACGGCGAGACAUUUCAUACACCUCCGCCACCUGCUUCUGCAGUGAAGCCAGCAAUUUUCGUGCGUCCAGAAAGCCAAUCCACGGAAUCCGCGCAAUUGCGACCCCAUCUGCCCAACACACGUACAUGCGACCUUAAUCUCACCUCUGUCCCACAAACAACAACCACACGACCACCGCCACCAUGAACGGCUGGGGUGUGUUUUUCAUAAUACUCCUGUUGCUACUGGUAUUUUCCUACUGUGGGUGGUACUUUUAUGCCCGCUGGAAUGCCUCACGCAAUGGUCUGCCACCACCGUCGAUGAACCCGAUAGCAGCCUUCAGGAGCAACGCCUCAAGCGCCGAAGCUUCCAACUACCCUGGCCCCGCACCCACCGGCAUCAAGGGCUGGUUCGACGCCCAAAUCAACAAGUUCAAGAACAGGAAUAACCGGUACACCACAGGCAGCGGCUACGAAGACUCUGGCUACAACGGACAGCGAGGCGUGGGUGGGGGCCGAGGAGCAGGCAGUCGCCUGGACCCAGACGAAGCGUGGAGUUCGCGUGUGGGCGACGAGGCAUACUACGAGGAGCAGGAACUUGGUCUUCAUGAACCGCCAGCCUCGCACCAGCAAACCGCCAACCCCUUCGCCACUGCGGCUACUGAGCCAGCCCGCGGUCGUAGUCGCACCCGCGACGAGUACGACGAGCAUCUUGAUGCGCGCAACCCCUUUGGCGACGAUAACGCUGCUACUAGCCUUAGAGGCGUCAGCCCCAGACCCGUCAUGGAUGCCGAUACCAGUUAUCGCGGUGGGGCAACGGCAACUAUGCCGAGUGCCAGCCAACACCAGCACAGGGCUAGCAGAGGAAGCAGAGAAAACAGCCCCACGGAGAGCCGGAGGAGUAUCUUCAAAGAAGGCUUAUAG